UUCACAUGUGAAUCAAACAAAUUUCCUUUUGUCAGGCACCGCUAGUUCACAUGUGAACCUGAGGCUUGCCUGCGAAAAUUUAUUUUAUUGUGAAGAUACUACGGUCUAAUUUUGUUUGCAAUGUUCUGAGACUAUACGACCAUUUAAAUUCGCUUUCAAAUGACGUAUAAACCGUCCAUAUGGAGUGAGUGGAAGCAUCGCUAUGCCUCUGCGAAGUUAGUCGACUUUUUCGUUGGUGUGUGUUGGCUCGUACUGUGCGGUCAGUGACAUAAAAUAUAAUUAUAAACCGGUUUUAGUGUUUGUUAUUGAGUGUUUUUGUGUGGAUUUCGAGAAAAUCAAGAUGAGUUGGAAUCCUUUUUCUGACGCCCCAUCAUCAUUUAUUGACCUCCUCCAUGAAGAAAACGAUGAGUUGUCGGAAGAUGACAAUGAGGACUUCUGGGAGGCAUUAAAUGAUGAUGAAGAGGCUGUGGAUGAAAACGUCGUAGAGGAAGCUGUGGCCGACGAAGUCAACAUCCCAGUCCAUCUGUCAGGUAUUUAUACCGACAGUGGAGAGGCGUUAUUCGAAGUCGACCAGACGACAAUUGCUUCCCCCUCCCCUCCGCGACGCGACGCCUCACCUAUACCCUCCACCUCGCGAGGCACCGUCGCUUCGCCGACAUCUGAGUUGCCAGUGGUCAUAAUUGGCCAGAGAAGGGGUCGUGGCGGACGCAGACGAGGAAGUGGGCGUGGUAGCCGUGGAGGUGGAAGAGUGGGCGGUUAUGGGAGGAUGGCCGACGAUGCAGUCCCGAGCUGGAGACCUGGCGACCCCAUCAGGGAAAUUUACAUUACCGAUGCGGAUGUCCCGGAAGAAUUACGGCUUCAGGUGCAGGCCGUAAUAGAAAAACGAGACAUCCGGCAGCGUAAAGAUUCAGAAUCAAAAAACAAAAUCAGAAUCGGUAAACAAAUAAAAGAACAGGAACGUUUUUUCUGAUGUAACUCGCACGACGCGAAUUCGCGCGCCGCGCGCGGGGCUUGACAGGUGUUCGCGGUCAAAAGGUCUAGGGUGUCAGAGGUUAACAAU